AUGCGUGCCCUACAUCAAUCACGGGGUAAUCCAGCUCCUGAAAAAGCGCUAUCUUAUGAAGAAGUCAAUCUAACCACUGCUAUGGCCCUUUACUUGGCAGAAGAAACUUCGAAAUCCAACACAGCACUCCAUAAAAGCACCAUCUCUGCUUCAGCAAUCCCGACUGCUGUAGGAGAUCUUGGUCACUUAGAUGAUGCAAGUGACAGCAGAACAUUGGAGUCGACUCAUUCUACUCUGAAAAGGGGCCCUUCCAGACUAACCUCUGACUACAUUGAGGGGCAGGAUGCAAUCGUUUCAAACAUGGGUUUGAAGCAACCCUCCUUACCAGCUUGGCAGAUUGAGACUGGUGUGGAUGGUCGUGAGGAGCUGCAGCUCCGAGUUCAACAGGCUAAUAUGAAAGGUUUAUCUCCAGAGGCUGCUGGUCUCUGUCCGUUGAAUGCUGUAUUCCUCUUUGAAGAAGCAUGUGUGGCUGGUUUUAAGCCAAUGCUCGAUCUGAUGCCCAAGAUGUAUCAAUUUAGUGGACUUCCAUUGAGUCUCUCUCCUUAUGCCCCGGUUGCCGGUCAAGCCUCGACCUGCCUUGAGGCUGGCCACCUUAUCAGAAUGGAGAAGCUAGUGCUGUUUGGGGACUACUUGUGUGGCAUUGAGCCCCCCUUGUUAGCCUACGACGUAAAACGCAACAUUUACACUGCAGCUGUGGAACGCGAGGCCUCGGAACGUAUAGAAGACAGACAUCGUCGCAAUUUAAUGACUCGGAAUAUCCCUGCUUCCAAAUUAGGCGAGAUAGCCGAAAAUGAGACCUCAAGAAAUACUGAUUUAGUAUGUUCUUUAGUCUCAAGUGAUGCUCAUGGAGUCGCUUCUGAGGAGCCUGCGGAGACAGAUUCCGAGAUUGCUAAGUUAAGACGUCAACGCAACCUCUUAGAACGUCGUCUAGCUGAAGAGCGUCGACUCGCCCUCUGGCGGCGGCGGGCUUUGCGUGAGCUCAGUGCUUCGGAUAGUGGAAGCGUAGCAGGCUCUCUUGGUACGGGAUGUAACGCUGGUCUACCGGGCUCUGGAGGAGCUGCAACGGCCGAUUUAUCUACUGGACAUCAGUCUAUAGGAAUCUUGGGUAUGGCAGUUGAGAUUGAAGUUCGUCCAGUAUACUUGGUACCAGACACCAACUGUUACAUUGACUGGUUGGAGGGAAUUGCUGCGCUCGCGGAUCCAGUCACAUCUAAUUACACAGUCAUUGUGCCAAUCAUAGGUUCGCUUUACUUUCUGCAAAGACCCAUGGUAAACGAAUUGGAGACAUUAUCCCGUUUUGGGAGUAGCAGUAAUAGCAAUAACCAAGGUGGCACUGAGCUUUUCUCAUCCCUCCAAUCUUCAUCAUCGUCCAAUACUGGACUCUCUGGCCACCCACACCAACUGCUCCUAUCUGACUCCUUCGAAGUAACCCGUUCUGGCUUGAUCCAACGGCGUGCGCGGGAUGCUCUCGCCUACCUCGAGGCACAAUUCGAGGCGCGUAACAGUCGUCUCCGAGCGAUGACCUCACGUGGCAACUUACUCGAAAGCAUCGCCUAUAGAACCGAGGUUGCUUGUAAGCCAGAUUUCUCUGCUUACUCCACUGGCACAGGUCUUUCCGCACAGGAUACCGGCGCAGUUGGAUCAGGAUUCGGUGGACAAGUGCCCCAGACAGCGGAUGACAUUAUCCUAACCUGUUGUCGGCAUUGCUGCCAGCGUAGUGAGCAAAAGAGGUUGAUAUUCGCGACACCUGCUCCAGGCGGAAAGCUUCCUGAGGAGGCAGCAAGUAGGUUGAUAGAAUUGACAUUUAUUUUUUAA